AUGACAAUUGAUCAAAUUAAUUUAAUUAAUCAAUCAAUAAAUGAUAAAUAUCUUAGAUUUAAUUCAUUUAUUAUUGCUAAUCGAAAUGAAGAACAAGUUUAUAAAUCUUUAAAAUAUUGUUCAAAUAUAAAUAAUUUACAUCGAGUUUUAUUUGAUAUUGAUUCAAAUCAAAUUGGAAAACAAUAUAAAGAAUAUAUUAUUUUUCCAAUAACAAUUUAUUUUCGUAUUAUUUCAGUUCAUUUUGAUAAACAAAUAUUAAUUGUUAAAAUAAUUCUUUUCAAUUCUUUUAAA